AUGUCUUCACCGAGUAGGAGGUAUUUUGUUACAUAUCUGGUGCUGGUGCUGUUGGAUUGUUACUGGGAAGCGGUGUCUGGGCAGCUCUCAUACUCAGUAGCAGAGGAGGUAAACACUGGAACUCACGUCGGAAAUAUCGCAAAGGAUCUAAACCUCAAUGCGCAGGAUUUGGAGUCCCGUUUGUUUCAGAUUGUUAAAGGAUCUAAGAGGAAAUACUUCGAGGUAAAUCUGAAGACUGGAUUUCUGUAUGUUAAUGAAAGAAUAGACCGAGAGGAGCUUUGUGCAGAUGAACCGAAAUGCACUGUAAGUGUAGAGGCAGUGAUAAACAACCCACUAAAGCUUUACCGCCUAGAGAUAGAAAUUAAAGAUGUGAAUGAUCAUUCUCCGUCGUUCAACACUAAAUCACAAAUACUGGACAUCGCAGAGAACACAAUGCCUGGAUUUAGAUUUGCGUUAUCCGAGGCAAGCGAUGCUGAUGUGGGGAACAACUGUGUUUGUGCAUAUAAGCUCAGUCCAAAUGAAUACUUCAGCCUCGCAACACACAAAAGAGGAGACAGUUUAUCUCCAGAGUUAGUGCUGCAGAAAGCCUUAGACCGUGAGAAAAGGCCACAUAUGCGGCUCAUGUUAACUGCGGUAGACGGGGGAACUCCACCAAAUUCAGGCACAUCAGAGAUUGAAAUAAAUGUACUAGAUAUUAAUGAUAACGCCCCCGUAUUCAGCAACACUCUUUACAAAGUUAAAACGUUAGAAAAUAUCCCGAUUGGUGCGGUGGUGUUCACCUUAAAUGCGACCGAUGCGGAUGAAGGCUCCAAUAGUGAAAUCGUUUAUUCUCUUCGUAAUAAGGAUCAGGAUCAUAUUCUGGAUAUUUUUCAAAUUGACCCAGACACGGGAAUAAUUUCUGUGAAAGGCAAAAUCGACUAUGAAGAAAAAAAAGCUUUUGAGAUCCGAGCGGAGGCAAGGGACAAAGGGCAGCCUCCUAUGUCUGCUCAUAGUAAAGUGCUAGUAGAAGUAAUUGACGUAAACGACAACGCUCCUGAAAUCACUGUGACGUCACUGCUCAAUACAUUGAAUGAGGACGCUGAGUUAGGCACUGCUAUUGCACUUGUGUCAGUAUUAGAUAAAGACAGUGGUAAAAACGGUGAAGUGAAAUGUGAAAUCUUAAAUACAGUCCCAUUCAAACUUGAGACAAAUUACAAAAACUAUUAUUCUUUAGUGGUUGAUGGACAUUUAGACAGAGAAGUAAUUACUAGGUACAAUGUAACCAUUUCAGCUACAGAUGAAGGCAGCCCUCCUCUUUCAAACAUCAGUGUUAUCACUGUUUAUGUUUCUGAUGUUAAUGACAAUGCACCGUACUUCCCAGAAAAGGUGAUAAACAUUUAUGUUAAAGAAAACAGUCUAGUAGGAACAGUAAUUAAAACAGUGACGGCUGUUGAUGCAGAUAACAGUCAAAAUGGCCAGGUGAGCUAUUCCUUUUUACAAAGUAAAAUGGACUCAGUCCCAUUAUCUACAAUGUUGAAC